AAAUGAUUUCAGAACGACGUUGUUACUACAGAGGUGUACUUGUAUAAAGCUGCUUUCGAAAAAUAGAAAAAUUUUUUGUCAAGAUGAUGUUUUAAUCUUCCCAUAAAUAACGUUUGCCAUUAUUGUUUUAUCAGUAAAUUACCUUUUAAAGUUGUGGAAUGUUUUGAUAUGCAAUAUCGUACAGCUGACCUUAAAAGUAAGGAAACGGAGAUAACAACUGAUUACCCUGUAUUGAAAUCGUUUCUUGCUGGUUCUUUUUCUGGUACUUUUUCUACUGUUUUGUUUCAACCACUUGAUUUACUUAAGACAAGACUUCAAAACAGGGCAAACAGUCAUUGUGGACAACAAAAAUGCGGUAUGAUAUCGACCACAAUUUCCAUCGUACAAAAAGAAAAUAUUUUUGCACUAUGGAGGGGCAUCACGCCUUCAAUGACCAGAGUGAUUCCAGGAGUUGGUUUAUAUUUUUCAACUCUUCACUGGUUAAGGAGUGCAUUAGACAUUGACAGCCCAAUUCCUCCCAUCCAAGCUAUUGCUCUUGGUGUAACUGCAAGAACGAUUUCUGGAGCUGUGUUAAUCCCAAUAACAGUUGUAAAAACAAGAUAUGAGAGUGGAAUGUACAAAUAUAAUAGCAUAGGAGAAGCUCUUAAAUUAAUAUAUAAACAUGAAGGUUUCAGAGGACUUUCAAGUGGCCUUGUUCCAACAAUUUUACGCGAUGCGCCAUACAGCGGACUUUAUUUAAUGUUUUAUACCCAACUAAGGGAGUUCACUUCGAGUAAAUUUUCCCGCAUCAGUGACUUUCCAACUACUCACUUCAGUUGCGGCGUCAUAGCCGGGAUCCUCGCAUCUGUGGUUACACAUCCGGCAGACGUUGUGAAAACAAAAAUGCAACUCUAUCCACAUGAAUUCAAAACGUUGAGACAAUCAUUCGUUUUUAUUUAUUAUAAAUACGGUGUCUUAGGAUACUUCAAGGGAAUAGUACCUCGCAUGCUCAGGAGAACAUUAGUUACAGCUAUGGCUUGGACGGUUUAUGAACAAAUAACGAGAGCAGCUGGACUCUGAUUUGGUACUUCAUGUUAGGAUCUCUUUGGUAUGGUGCGUUUCUCUUAACUGUACUAUAAGGAGUUGAUCUUAUCAUGCGUGAAAAAAUGUUACUAUGAGCUCAGUAUUAGGAAUGGCUGGAUUAUUAUUAUUA